UGGAAUGUAAAGUAAAAAUAUGACACCUGAUUUGAGAGUUUAAAAUGCUGUUUUCUGUUUUUAAUGCCACCCUGGUUAAGUGACCAUUCCUCUCAUCAAAAACGUUCAUUGGUAAACAGUUUGAAUACUCUAGUGCUGUACCUUUUUUUGAUGUUCUAUUUUCCAACAACGUUUUCUUCUACUUUUUUCACUCAGACCAUUUUAAUUGAAAUAGUCAACAGCUUGAUUUCCAUUUUUUUUCUUAAUGACUAAAUGCUUCUUCCUCUUUUUUGUGCUAUAUUAUGUCCGUGACUAAAUCCAGGCUGUGAGUCUUUAUUUUGGUAGGCAGGAUCCGGAAGUUGCGUCAUGCUUGGUCGCGGCACUCAUGAGAACAACUAUAUAAGAGUUCUUCGUGCUGCAGCUGACUCAGUUAUCCUGUAAACAAUUGUAACGGCGCAUGACAGAGAAGCUUAGAGACAGGCAGCGGGACACCAUGACGAUAAACACACUACCCAACGGGACCACUGUGACAGAACUGGGUCAGUUUCUGAAAAACCCACCGGAGGGUUUCACCGUGAAGGCCGUGGGCUCGGCUUACCAGGUCCAGUGUGGAGAAGAGAACCUGGUUUUCAUCGAUAAGUUUCACUCCGGGGAUUUUGAUGUAGUUUUCCAGAACUCACUAGGAAGGAAACUUAAAAUGCACAAUUUGUGGGAGUAUACCAGCAUGAGGAAAAGUCUGCUGUCCAAGAGGAUCUAUGUGUUGGUUUCUCUCUGCGAUCAAAGCAUGCAAGAAACCAGCAAGAAGGGGCCCAUAAAGCCCAGAGCUCUGCAGGAGUACGUGUUGUCCGUCAAUGGUGGGAAUCCGAUGAUGAAGUGGCAGAUGGAGAAAGGCCUGGACUGGACCAUCUCCUCUGUGGGGGGAGAGAGCUACAGGGUGGAGAUUGACUUGAGUGAAAUCUUGCAGAGUUUGGCUGCUGAAGGCCUCAUUGCUGAGAACCUGAUGAAAUAUAAUCCGACAUGGAAAGAUGCCUCCUUCACCCUUAAGUACUACUCUGAUGCCCUAUUUGACUUCCCUCACUGGUUGGGCCACAGCAAAAGAUCAUUUCAGCUGAGACUGAUGAGAAACAGAUGAGGGAGACCAUAAGGAUUGUAUCUGCUAAGUUUCCCAGCAUCUGUUGCUGCACAUUUUUAAGAAAACUGAAGAGGAGUGUUCUCAUCAGUGAAGGAGAAGCCUAUCAGUCGAACUCUGCUGUUUUGUCAGGAGUUUGGUAUUUGAACUACUGGCUUGGAAUUCAUCUGCUGUUCAGUGGGUGGAAAAGCACCAGAAAAGAAAAUGUGGGAUGCCUUUGACAUUAUAGUCAUACAUGUAAAUAAUAAUAAAAAAUUUACAUGUACGUACAUAUAUAUUUAAAUUAUUUCAUUCUCCAACUGGGUUCUGCAGUUGUAUGUGCUGUACAGUGAUUGAACAUGUUUGGAAUGUUUUUGUUUCACUUGUGUUUAUUUUUCUUAAAUUUGUUGAAUAUUUUUAUAUCAUGAAAUAAAACUUUUCACAUGUGAUUAAUGCCUUUUAAUUCUGUGACUUGUAGCUUGAAUGUGGGAUAUGAAAAAGAGCAUUGAACUUAAGUAAUGAAGCUAUUGACAUGAACUUCACAGAUGUUCGUAAUAACCCAAGUAGUACUACUUAGAAAUCAACAUGACAACUUAGUCUACAAUUUAAAGUGGAGCAAUAUGGAGGGAUUAUUAAAACUACUUGGAGAAAUAAAUCAAGAGCU